GGAUACUUAAGAGUUUUUGAGCCUCUGGGCGUCAACAGCGAAGUUUAAUUCAGUAGGACAGGUCGACAGGUCCUCAGAGGAGGUAUCUCUCUCGUUCUUUGUUUUCAGGUUUUUUUUUUUGUUUGUUUGUUUGUUUUUUUGGGGGGGUUCAGGUGGACACUUUGAAACUCCACUGUCAGGAUGUCUCCGUCCACGUCCCCCCGGUUCUUCUCGGAGAGGGAGGUGGCCUGCCACUGCACCAAAGAGUCCUGCUGGGUUCUGCUGGGGACCAGGGUCUACGACGUGACCGCCUUCUUGCGGAUGCACCCGGGAGGGGAGGCGCUGAUACUGCGCCGGUCGGGGAAGGAUGUUAGCGGGGAGAUGGAGGGACCCCCGCACCGGCACUCCGACAACGCCCGGCGGUGGAUGGAGCAGUACUACAUCGGGGAGCUGGCAAGAGACAGCGGCGCCGACGACGAGGCACAGACUCUGAGAGAGAGGAGGAAGGGAAGUGAACAGACCAAUGGACAGACGUCAGAAAAGAAGGUGAAGGAGGAGGACGAAGACAGCCCAUUCAACCGCUGCAGCUCUGUGGACCUGGACAAGGAUCUGGUGGACUGGCGGAAGCCCCUGGCUUGGCAGGUCGGCCACCUCGGAGAGAAAUAUGAUGCGUGGGUUCACCAGCCAGUCGACAGGCCGAUCAGACUGUUUGGAAACCCCCUCCUGGAAGCCAGCACUAAGACUUCCUGGUACUGGGUUCCAGUGGUGUGGCUUCCUAUUGUGUUUUAUUUAAGUUGGCACUGCUACACCACCCUGUCAGAGGGCACCACUAGGAUAGUCCUCAGUUCAGACUUUUCAAUCCCGAUCCAUAAGUACAUUUUCCCGAUGCUCUUUUUGAUUGGCUGGUUCUUGUGGUCAUUCAUCGAGUACUGCAUCCAUCGCUUUGUCUUUCACAUGAAACCGCCGGCCCAUAACUAUUAUCUCAUCAUGCUCCACUUCCUCCUGCACGGACAACACCACAAGUCUCCAUUUGACGGCUCUCGACUGGUCUUCCCUCCCGGCCUGGCCUCUUUAGUGGUGGGGAGUUUCUACAUAAUCCUCCGCAACACGCUGCCGGAUAUCCUCGGGAUAUGCGUGUUUGUCGGGGGACUGUGUGGCUACGUCGUGUAUGAUAUGAUCCACUACUACCUUCACUAUGGCUCGCCAAAGAGAGGCUCGUAUAUGUACAGCCUGAAGGCCUACCACGUCAAACACCACUUUGAGCACCAGAGAUCAGGUUUUGGAAUCACCACCACAUUCUGGGACCACCCCUUCAAAACGGUCAUCCCUGAUGAGAAGUUCUAACACAUAAUCGGCUCUCCUGAGGGGCCACAGGACUUAUCAACCAGCCUCUUAGCAGCCAGCCCUCCUGCUAUAACUACCGGACACCCUUAAUCUCCUCAAACCUCCGCAGCCAUAGCUUUCACACUUCUGAGGACUUCUGGGCCACUGCAACUAACCUAUUCAUACAUACUAUAACACAUAUUAACCUGCUUUUUGAUUCCAGCCAGGAACACAUUAUUUGCCUGAGCUUGCUCAUCUGGGUGUUUUCCCACUGUGAUCAUCUCUUCACAGUUGAGAGGCCUUUCUGUGCCAUUUUUAUAACAAAUCAGCAUCUGCUGUCGUUUUCUUCACUGCACUGACCUCCCAGCCAAAUCAUUACCUGACAGCCAAGAGGUGGGCCAUUGAAAGAAAGAGAGGGACACACACACGAACAGACACACACAUAUUCAUGUCUGUAUAUUCAGAUCGUUACGGUUUCAUUUAAUGAAAAAAAUUAUAUGAUUCCUAAAUGGCUGGAGAGUUUUUUAGAGCACAUUCAAUACAACACUGAAGAAACUAAAAUACAAAUACUCUUUUCAUGGUUCCUAAAUAUUUUCUAACAGCACAAUGUCGAUCCACACUCACAAAUGGAACUGUGUACACACAUAAUAGCUUACAGAUACACACACACUGUCCUAUGUUCCCUCAGAGUGGGAGAGGGGGAACAGGAAGUGAAAGAUGGUAGGUGAAUGUGAAAGACAGAGAGGGAAGAGGAUGUGACGGAGAGACAGAGAGUGUGGGAGAGUGUGUGUAGAGAAUGUGAGUGAGAGAGAGCCCCAAGUUGGUGAACUUACUCAGGAAAAAAAAGCUAAAAAAAUGUUGAUGCUUCCCAAUUGUCUUCAGCUUUAACGUUCCUCAUCACUAUCAUAGUUUUGUUUUUUGUUUUUUUCCCACCUACGCUGCUACUCACUGCUGCAGGUCUGUAACGGCACACAUAAUCUCCCUCCACCAUGGUUACUCUCACUGUAGUUUUUGGAAGCAGCUGCGAACAGAAAACAUGUGUUUUCAAAUAUAAGAACAUGCUGAGAUUCAUUUACAGUUUAGAUUUAAGUUAUUAAUUAUCAGCAAAGCUGCAGAACGUGCUAAUGCGAAGUACUGUUGAUGUCAUGAUGUUCUAAAUGUUUAAAACUGCUGUGGAGACAUAUUUUUUCAAGUCUUGUAAUAUUUCCUCCAUUUUGUUUUUGUCAUUAAUGAUAUAGCAAAGGUGUAGAAAAAAUAUUUUGUAAAAUGCUUUGUACAGGAGAGAUUUUUUUAAUUGCAUCAGCUUUAUGUUGUCAGAGGGAGCAGAUUUUUUUUUUUUUUUUUUUACUGGUGAGACAAGAAGAAAACGGAUGCAUUAAAGUGUAAAGAUGGAUGGAUGGAUGAGUGUUGUCAUUGUGUCAGAGGGACAGAGCUGAGGCAUGAGGCCAGCCUAUCAGAUGUCCUGCUGUGGGGAUCUCGGGGUUAAUUUUCAGAGAGUCAUCUAGGUGACAAGAGAGGGUUUGUUUUCUCCAGGAAAUAAAGGUUCUUUGUAAAUUGAGUGGCCUUUCUAAGACUAAGGGGAACUAAUUUUUAGUCCUCAUGCCUCACCCCACCCAUUAAAUGCCACUGGUUGGUGUGGCCCUGCAGAUCCCGGCAGGAUGACGAUAGAUUAACCAUCUGACUGGACAGCAGGAUGUCCUGAUAGUGCCUGGCGGAUCCUCAAAAUGUCUCCUCUAAACACUGGACAACAACACUGAUAACUAAAGCAGAACAAACUUAAUUAAAACCUUUAACAUAAAUAGGUAGAGCACAGUGAAAUCCUUUUAAAGCAACUUUUCUAUUGUAAAGAAGUACUACUCACAGAGGAGUAAAUUAAUAAUACAGAUGAAGAUGAUUGUAAUUGUAUCUUUUAUUCCUGGCAAUUCAAAGCAGCACUAACAUUUAACUCUUCAGGUUAACCUUUAGAGGGCUGUGUCUAUAAAGUUUCACCCGUGCUUGCAGAGUUAAGCUGUAACGAAAGUUUGUCCUGUUGUCUGCAGCUCGCAUAUCCAUUUAUAUAAAACCAUAAGACUGAUGUCUGAUGUCUGAUGCUGCACACAGUGUAAUUAAUAAUGAAUGUUGAAGAUAAAGUGAAGAAAGAACUUUGAUAUAAUCACUAUGUACCACAAAGAUGUUGCUUCAGAAAGAACCAGAAAUUAUUUUGAAUAUAUGUAAUGAUGGUAGAGACCAUGACGACUGUACUAAUGAUGAUGAUGUGCAUGAAAAUGAUUGUGGCGGCUGCAUGUCAAAGUGAAAUGAUUCCACCUGUUGGAAUAACAUAUAUACAGAUCUUAUUUAUGUAUAUUUAUACCAUGAAGGUGAAAAACAACAGCUUGAAAGCUUCGAUUCUGACAAGUGGACUUUUACUUGUACUAGAUUAUGCAGCUUAAAAUUUCCCAAAUCUGUUUACUAUAAUAUCUUUUAACUUUUUAUUUUGAAAUUUGUAAUGUCUAUGCAAAUGCAAACGUAUUUGUAAAUAAAUGUCUGUAUAUUUCUGAUGUCA